UGUACUUCCGGGUUCAGUCGCGUGUUUCCCCUCCCCUAAAAUGGCGGCGCCCAUGUCCCUGCUGGUGGAGUUUGGAGGUGGAGCAGAGCUCUUGUUUGAUGGCGUUAAAAAACAUCAGGUGACCUUGCCCUGUCAACCAGAGCCUUGGGACAUCAGAAACCUGCUAAAGUGGAUCAAACAGAAUCUAUUAAAAGAGAGACCAGAAUUAUUUAUUCAGGGGGACACCGUGCGGCCAGGAAUUUUGGUGCUCAUCAAUGAUGCAGACUGGGAACUAAUGGGCGAGCUGGAUUAUAAACUCCAGGACCAGGAUAACGUGGUUUUCAUCUCAACGUUGCAUGGUGGUUGAGCUCUUGGAAUUCAUAAGGACAUAAAACAAAAACACUGGGGGCGAACCCUCCAUGUCUUUUUGAACUGUCUGUGCCUCACUUACAAGCCAUGGCAAAUCACUUACACCAUCAUUAGGCAUACAAAUAAAGCCCAUGCCAGUGACUGGCCUAGCUGCACUUC